AUGCACGUAUUGUGGCAAGGUGGGACACACGGUGGAUCGUUGCUGGACAAAGCAGAAGAACGAAGGUCGGGGAGCCCGACGCGGCGGCAAUGGUCGUGGACGCGGGGGCUAACAAUGUCCAGUGGGGACAUCAUGAUGAAGGCAAUGGCUACGAUCGAGUGGCGUUUGCAGUCUCGUUCGAAUGUGGAGUUUCGACGAGCAAGGACGUGUCUGGAAUGUGGGCCGUCGACAGUGGUGCAACGCACCACAUUUGCCACGACAAGACCAAGUUCGCAAGUUUGGCAGAGCGCAAUGAGGGCGAACUUGGUGGCUGAUGGCAACAAGGUGGCCAUCAAGGGUGUGGGAACCAUCAUGGAAAAGGUGGUUCUGCCCAACGGUGAAGAGCGUGAGAUCGAAAUCAAGAACGCGCUAUAUGUUCCAAGUAUGAGCAAGAACCUGCUCUCGGUGCCACAGAUUAACAGCCAUGGCAAGUUUCAAGUCGUGUUUGACGGGUCCAAGAUGUAUGUGACUCUCAAGAACUCACAGCAAGUGGUGGCGACAGCGGAUCUCGUGGAUGGACUCUACUGGCUUCGGACGACUCAACGAUCAGCGAAUGUGACAACAAGUGGAACCAGUUGUGCCGAUCUACAUGCGAGAAUGGGUCAUGCUCCAGUCGAUGUACUUCGCAAGAUGAUCGCGACCAACAUGAUCAAGGAUGUGCGAGUCCCUCUCAAGUCGGGUGGAGCAACUACAUGUCGAGGAUGUCAACAAGGGAAAAUGGUCCAAAAACCAUUUCCAAGCAACCGAGACAAGCGCAGCUACGAUACGUUUGAGCUACUUCAUCUGGACAUCUGCGGGCCCAUGGAAAAGGAUUCGCUCGGUGGCAGCAAAUAUUUGCUGCUGAUCAUCGACGAAGCCAGUGGAUGCAUGAAGGGCUUUUGUCUACGAGUGAAGUCCGAGAGUGAAGACUACAUCCGGAAAUAUAUCACCAUGGUACAGACGCAAUUUGUUGACGGUCAUCGGUUUUCUACCAGUAUUGGUAACCGUGACCGAUCCAAUCCGAACCGCCUGUUCAGCUUAGUAUUUACGACGUAG